AUGUCGGAAGGAGACGAAGCGGACUGCCCUCGCAGACCAGCUUCCCGGGCGUUUGUCGUGAUGGAGCUUCUGUUGGAGAGGCUGAAGCUGUUAAACUACGAGGAGGAAGUUGUGGCCCGACACAACCUGAAGCCCCUGAACAGACAUUAUUUUGUUGCCAGUCGAUAUCUGCCUUCCGACCCCGACGAGCAGUUCCACAUGUUCCGCGUCAUCGCAGCGUGGCUCAUCAACACGGCAGGGAGGUCGUUCCCCGCGCCUCAGGAAAACGACGACCCAACCGCCACCGCGUCCAACAUCCUGGCCGAGCUCAGGGCCCUCGGAGGUAAGGGGAAUUUCCCACCGUCCAAUCUCCUCCAGGGUUCUGGCGAGUGUGUCUGCUUCGUGCUGUACCAACUGGCUGAGAAGGCCCUGAAGAAGAGAGGGUUCUCCUUUAAAAGGCCGACCCAUGCGAGAGAAAGCACAGAAGACGAGUUCAUGAUGGAGGACAAGGCAGAGCUAACGUUCGACAAUGAGGAGGAUGAGACGAGCGAUGAUGAGGAGGAGGACGAGAUGGAUCAGGAGGCGGUUGAUCCAGCAGAGUGGGCGCUGGAGGUAGAGAGAGUCCUGCCUCAGCUCACAGCCCCGAUCGAGACCGACAACAAGGACUGGAGGAGCCACGUGGACCAGCUGCAUCAACACAGGGACAGAAUAUAUUCUUCCCUCGAACAGACCAUGAGCUUUCUGCACAAACUGCAGGAGGACAUCAGUAACAAUAUGAAGAAGUUGAGCAGCAGAGAGGAGUCCAUCAACUUCCAGCUCAAGCAUCUGAUCCAGGAGUACCGCGACGGUCAGGCUAAGAUGAGAGACGCCUCCGAGCAAUAUGAGAAGGCCAACGGACGGAUGAUGGACAGGACCCGAGUCGUGGCCGAGGUCAACGACAGUCUGAGGAAGGUGAAGAAGCAAAUGGAGGAGAAAGGCAGCAGCAUGUCUGACGAAGCUCCGGUAGUGAAGAUCAACCAGAGUUUGGUGAAGCUGAACCAGGAGAUCGCUGAGAUGGACGUGACGAUCAGCGUCUUGCAGCACCUGCUGCUGCAGGCCAAACUCAGGGAGAAGCACAACAUGAUGUGCGACAUGUACGCCACCAACAUCCCCGACGCCGCCGCCGAGCCCUUCAGCCCCAGUUGA